UUCCUGGAUUCCGAUGUCGGCCUAGCAAGCGAGCUAACGAGUUAGCUAGCGGCUAACUCAAGGAGGACCGACACGACCAACACCCCACAGGCAGAACCACUCGCAUGUUCGGUAUUAGAGUCAUCUUACAUCCCACCCACUUAAGCAGUGGGUAAAAGAAGACGGGAGAGAAUAAAGAACUACUAUGCAUCAGACUACAUAAUACAUCAUUGCACAUGGCUUUGUUUGUAAGAUGCAGAAUGGGAAUGGAGAUGUUUCUGCAGAGGAUUUGGAGGUGGGGGAGAUCUCUUCACCCAGAUCUGGCCAAAGGCGGUGACAUCUCAGCGACAUACGCAGGCCUGCUUUUUGGAAUGAGUUGAUUCUGCCCCAGUAUCGAAGCAAAGACUCAAGCUGGGGGUCUCAAACUCUUCAAAGGGGAUUCUACAUCACUAUUUGAGUGAUUUUUAACCUGAGAAGGCAAGACUUUUUUUAAACAUCUUUUAAAAAAUCCAGCUGGACCUUUGUUUGUUGGACACUGAUUUUAAGUGAAUUUUAUUUUAGUAGUUUUCCCCCACUGACUUAGUUUGAAACGCUGGAACGGUCUCUCCUGCCGCCAUCCUCAGUCUCUUCCACCCACCCAGUGCCUAAAUAAGCCCCCUUGGGACAAUCACAGAAGUCAUCAGCAGCUGCUCUGCUCAAUCCUCUGCCUGUUCUCCUCUGUGUGCUUCUGCUCUUCCACCCACUACCUCUUUAAUUUUUGUUUCUUUUCUUUUAUAUUUCUCUUUUCUCUGAUAGUGAUAAUCAUAACUCAAGCACGGAAAAGAGCAUUUAGAGAAAUACUGAGUUUCAAGAGGGGGAAAGAACCUUGAUUGCUUCAGUUUUAGUCACGUGUGCAAGCGUCUGUGCUUUUGUUUUCUUGCACUGUAGUGUCAUGGUUGCACUUGGUGCCAGAGAGCAGCCUUGAUUAGAAUUAUUUAUAUUGUUGCACCAAAUACAGUUACAUUAAGCCAUACAAAAAUAUUUAUGAAUUACAUACACAUAUUUUUGUAUCACAUUGCUCGUGUAUAGUUUUGCUUUUAUAAUCUUUUAUUAAAAUUAUGCACAAAAAAAUCAAAUAUUUGUGGCAAGCUGUACAUAUGCAAAUAGAGCUUUAUGUUGCUAUUUAAAAGAAAUUCUCUGUAAGUGAUAUAAUAGUGCUGGAUGCAGAAUCCCUAAUGGUUUCAUUCAGUUGCUGCUUUGCAUAGUGUUGGUUUUGUUUUCCAGUCUGUAGUGAUGGCCUCUCCUCGCGAACGGAGACUGUUUGUUACAUUGACCUGUUAAGCACCCCUUUACGCUAGGUAGACAGUAGAUAUCUACCUCUCUCUCUAUCUUCCUCCCUUCUCUCUCUUUCUCGGAUGCCGGGUUUUAGUGGUGGGGGGGUCGGGGGAGGAGUAGGUGGUCCAGUUUCUGCUCCUCCCCGUCCGUUUCGCCCCAGCCGAUAUGUACCAGUCUCUGCAGCCACCACUUUCCUUGUUGGAUCCACCACCCUCUUCUUCUGCUUCACGUGCCCAUGGUUGGCAGAGUAUGUCUCCGCUGUUAUUCCCAUCUACAAUGCCGUGAUCUUCCUCUUCACCCUUGCCAACUUCUGUAUGGCCACUUUUAUGGACCCUGGUGUCUUCCCUAGAGCGGAGGAGGAUGAGGAUAAAGAGGAUGAUUUCCGUGCUCCACUUUAUAAGACAGUGGAGAUCAAAGGCAUUCAGGUGCGCAUGAAGUGGUGCUCAACCUGCCGCUUCUAUCGCCCGCCACGGUGUUCGCACUGCUCAGUCUGUGACAACUGUGUGGAGGAUUUUGACCACCACUGUCCUUGGGUGAACAACUGCAUUGGCAGGAGGAAUUAUCGGUAUUUCUUCCUCUUCCUGCUGUCACUCACCACCCACAUAAUGGACGUAUUUGGCUUUGGCUUAGUUUAUGUUCUGCACCAUCGCCAGCAGCUGGACACGCCACAUGCUGCCGUUACUAUGGCUGUAAUGUGUGUUGCUGGUUUGUUCUUUGUCCCGGUCGCUGGCCUGACUGGGUUCCAUAUUGUAUUGGUGGCCCGUGGAAGGACCACAAAUGAACAGGUGACAGGGAAGUUUCGGGGAGGCGUUAACCCUUUCACCAAUGGCUGCUUGAGGAAUAUUUCACAUGUGCUCUGUAGCUCCCAGGCCCCGAGAUAUAUGGGCCGUUGGCGAAGUCCUCAGGCAGUAGAAGUACAGCCACCGUUUCUUAGGCCGAGUCUUACAGAGGCACAGCUAGAAGCUAAGGUUCUGGAUAACGGUAUCCAGAAUGACAGACACAGCACCAGGUCCAAAAGCAGUCUAGAUCAGAUGGAGAGCCAGUCAGCAGAUGCAGAACCUCCACCUCCUCCAAAGCCGGAGCUUCGUUACCCUGGCCUGCCUCGUGCUGACACAGAGGAGAGCAGCUUGUUGACUGAGGCACCACCUACUCCGUCAAUGUACAAAUACAGACCAGCCUACAAUAGCCCAGGAAGGAACCACACUGCCCUGUCACACCCAAAUAAGAUGAUCCGUGGGGAGAGUCUUGACUCUCCAUCUCCCUCCAUCCUCCAGUCCAGCCGUCAGCCUAGCUAUCGCUCAGAGCCGAGCAGCCUGGAUGGGGCCACAGUGGUGGGGGGAAGUGUAGGGGCGCGCAGAGGGGGAGGGGAGAGGGGUGAGGGCCCCGGAGGCCCUGGCGCAACUGGGGUGACGGGGGGCAUGUCAGGUUACUCCUUGACUGGGCGCUCCUACACCUCCUACCCAUCCUCUCUGGUUCUGUCUGCUGGCGGCUCUCGCUCCUCCAGCCUGCGCUCAGCGCAAACGGCACAUAACCCUCUGGCUACGCUACAAUCAGAAGGCACAACAGACACCAGCUACAAAAGUCUGGCCAACCAGACACCUCGGAACGGCAGCCUGUCCUAUGACAGCCUGCUGACACCAUCCGAAAGCCCAGAGUUCGAGUCUGCCGCCCACGAGCUGUCGCCACAAAAGCCUCACGCUCUGUUUCCCUUGGCGACAGGGGCCACAAUAACAGGCCAGUCUGAGGUGGUGUCACCCAGUAGCCCGCUGCAGGGUUACACGUCGCCCUUCCUCUCAGCUCAGAUUGCCCAGCAGAGGGAGGGGCAGCUGCUCCAGGGCUCUGCCACUUUCUCCUCCCCCCACAGGGCCUACCUGCGUGCCGUCAGCCCAACCCCUCCCUCCUCCUCUGGGCCCUCUGAGACCCAUCACCUCCUCCAGCAUAACCAGGACUCCACUUCCAGAGCCCUUCGUGCCCCUUCCUCCUCAUCCUCUUCCCCUGGGGUCCGUUCAUUGGAGCCCCCUGUCUCCCCGCCACCUCGCAGCCUCUCACUCGGCAAGUCCCACUCUUACACUGGGGAGGCAGGGCCUCAGCACAAGCCUCGAUCCACAGGAGGAGGUACUGUGCUGGGUGGAGGAGGAGCUGGAGGAGGGCAACAGGCUCCACACCCUCCUCUUCCUCCCUGAUUUGUGUGAGUCUUCCUUUUCCUCCUUCAUGGUUUUCAGCCAGUCUUUGUUUACUGUUAAACAGUUGUUAUUGAUUACGUGCAUUUGGAGUCGUAUUAAAGCAUGCUAGUUGUUAUUAGCUGUGAUAGCAUGCCAAACUGCACUACUGUUUACUGAUGUCCUAACGCAUUACGUUUGCCUGUCUUUGUGUUUUUUGUACUCUCUGAGACUAUGUCCACACUGAUAUGUUUUUGUUGUGGAACGCAUAAUUUUCACUAUGUAUACACCUAAUAUCCACCUUACCCAGGUGUUUUAGGAUUUUCAUAACUGAGCCUUUUGGAGCCAAGUCUAUGCAGUCAAGGAUGGUUGAAAAUGAUGGGGUAGACAGCCGCAUUCACUGCCUGAUUAGGCCUAACUAGUUAUUAUGUGACUUGUGUUCCCAUCACACUCCAGAACAGAAAAAUAUAAGAGCCUUGACCACCAUUAGUGAAUUCAACAUAGACACUGAACUGUGUUUCUGUCCAAGUUGUCUCUGUUAGCAGCUGUUGUAUGUACAGUUCUGCAUUUUAUCAUCCUGCUGUUGACAACAUUCUCUAGUGACUAUGUUAUUUGAACAAAUCCAGUGAGCAGUAGCGUUAUCAGCUGCCCUGGUCAUGUGACAUACGGUUCAGGCAUCUUGAAUGGAUGGAGUCUAUUUUAUCUGAUACUUUUCUAAAAUGGUCAUAUUGAUAAAGGUAUAAAAAUGGUGUUUUAAAAUGAAAAUGUACUAGUGUGGCUGUAGCGUAAGUAUAUUUACCACAGGACUUAUAAGAUCAGUGAUAGAGAACCUUUGCUGUUGUUGGUAUGUUUUUAUUUUUAAAGAGCGACUCACCUCCACAUUCAUUUCUCCUCUGUCCUUAUCCUCACUGUGUCCUUCCCCUUUUCUGCUGGCUUUCAAUCAGAUCCACCUCUCGCACAGUUGUGGCCAAUCACACCACUUCCAAACCUGGGGGCGGGGUGAAGAAGGUGACGGGCGUCGGAGGGACCACUUAUGAGAUAUCCGUUUAAGCGACAGACGUCCUUCAUGGUCUAUCACAAGGACGGGAAAAGUCACUGGACGACUUCCACUUGUUUCUACUCUCUACUGUGCUGGAUAUUAUUCACUUGUGAAGGCUCCUGGAAAAAAAAGACAGUUUUCCACCGCAACGAACUAAAGGAGUCAGCCUGUCUGGUACUCACUUUGAUAUCUUUGUAUCACCACUGGCAUUCUUCUCUGCCAGCCUUUCAGAUUUGAACAAAGAGAAAUGUGGGGACACUGGUUGGUUUUUCACAGGAUCAGUUUGUUUCCAUUUAGCCACUUUGAGAGCCAUAGACUGAUGUGACUGUGUCAUUACAGCUGGGUACAGAUAUGUCUAUAGAACAUGCAUAGCUCUUCGAUGUUUUCCUUUGGUACAUUAGCACAGAGUAAUGACAACAGUAUCUGACACUUGAGGAAACGAUGGCCUUUAACCAGUGGAAGAAAAUGUAAGAACAGGAUUCAUGACUGUUGACCAAUAGAAACCAUCACUGUCUCAAUGGACCACACGACAUGUUUAUCGCAAAGAAUCAUGGAGAGAAGAGUCCAACCUAUAAACACAGUAUCAUUUUAGUUUUAUAAAUCUUUUUUUAAGUGUUGUUUUAUAUAAAUGUAUGAAAUCUUACAGAUUGUGGGGUCAGACUGUCAGGAAUUGAAGAUGAUGUUUGAGGAGGAUGGCAGAUGUACUGUGUAUGAUGAUACAUGAAAGCGAUUUAUAAUCAGUUGCCUGUUUAUAAUUGAUGGCUGCAUCAGCCGCUCAUGAGCUUUUGCUGGUAUUUUCAUCAUCCAAAGAGUGAUGAUCCUUCUGAACCGCUGAAGUGGCAAGUAACUGAGCUGAAUUUUGAAAGCCACAAAGAAAUUCUGAAUCAUGAUUGCAGCACAAGCAUCUUUGUGGAAUGUACGCUUGCAAUGUUAAUGCUAGAGACAUUAUGCAAAAUCUGUUUGUAGCUUUAAGAUCAUUGUAUGUCUUUCGGUGUUUCUUUUUCUGUAAUGUUUUGUCUGUCACUCAUGAUGCUCGCAGAACCGUAUAAUUUUAUCAGAUGGCCAGCCAAAUAGGGGCAGCAAGGGAAGGGCUUAUUUAUUUCAGCAGACAAGGCAACCUUGUAGUUCUGGACACAAUUUCAGAAUAGUCUAUUAUUUUUUCUUUUUUUUAAGAGAAAAAGAGGAAGUAUUGAUAUUUUUAAUAAAAAGGUUUAUAAAUGUAAAAGAGAAAUCACGCCACUGUAUAGACAAGUAGGGACUGGUCUACAAUUUGGGAAUGUUUUACCCUUUCUUUCUUUUUGCCUUGAAAGCAUUGGUCGAUUAGCAAUCUGGUUUUUAUUCUCUUUUUUUUUUUUUUUACACUUUUCUGAUAAAUUAUGCCUUUCUUAAUUUUUUUUUAAACAGUCUAAAAGGUACAGUUAUUUUUUUUACCCACAGCCAUGUUAUAAAAGGAAUAAGUGGAUGAAGGGAGGCGUGUUUGCGAGAUAAGGGUUGGGCAUUACAGCAAUGGUUUUUAUUUAUUUUAUUUUUUGAUUGAAGCCCACAGCAGUGUUUGGAGAAGAAUGUUAAAGCUGGCUUUUGGUAGCACAUUUUUAGGGAAAAGUACAUGCUUGAGGCACACGAGUAUCAAGCCAAACGACUGUGCUACGAGUUUUAAACCCUCCCUGGCUAUAUCUUCGGUGUGCAUGUGAUUUUUCUUUGUCGUGCUGAAUGCUUCACUGGUGUGCAUACUUGUGAGAAUACUGUCAAAUUCCCACGAAUUCAUGUGUGGGUGGAAACAAUAAAAGAGGCAUCAUUAAUGGCACAAACAGCCGUCGUAUAGAGAUAAGGAGAACCUGUGUUAAUUUCUUCCUGUUCUGGCCAUGGAUGGCGGUCCUUGAACAAUUAAAAUGGAGUAUAAUAAGUAUACUUGUAUGUGAGAAUACUUAAAUAUUGCUAUUGUGGGCUGUGAUGAAUGGGUUUCACAAAUAUCUGUAACAAAUACGUUGAGAUUUCCAAAAUGGCCUUAUAAAGAAUUUUUAAAAAGAUGUCUUCUCAAAAUAAAAAAGGUCAAACUGA